GUGGUUUUUCAAUUAACGCUCCCGUAAUUUCUAGUUUAGUGCUUGGGUUCGGAGGUUCGGUUCGCACGCGAAAACCUCGGCAACAAUUCAGUUGCGUUGUAGCGUUGCCGUGAUAAGUGUAUACCCAGUGUUUUGUUAACAAUUUUAUACGGGGUGUUCGAGUUUGGUAACACAAUGGACGAAUCCGAAGCAUCUGUGGGUACCCAGCAAAUUCCCCAAGUGUCAGAGUCGCUGAUCAGUCCACUCGAUAUAUUUCUGGUGGUGGUGCUAAUUGGCGUUGGAUACUGGUUGAUCCAAAGGAAAAAAGGCAAGGAAGCACUGGCCGCCAAUGGAAGAUCAUAUUCCAUACAACCCACAUCUAUUGGACUUCAAACGACCAGUGACAAUUCCUUCAUCAAGAAAUUGAAAAGCUCCGGAAGGAGCUUGGUAGUCUUUUAUGGCAGUCAAACUGGCACAGGCGAAGAAUUCGCCGGUCGUUUGGCCAAAGAGGGUGUUAGAUACAGGAUGAAGGGUAUGGUGGCCGAUCCUGAGGAAUGUGAUAUGGAAGAGCUGGUGAAUUUGAAAUCCAUCCCCAAUUCCCUGGCCGUAUUCUGCCUGGCAACUUACGGCGAAGGCGAUCCCACCGAUAAUGCCAUGGAGUUCUACGAAUGGCUGCAAAACGGUGACGCCGAUCUCACCGGAUUGAACUAUGCCGUGUUUGGUCUUGGUAACAAAACUUACGAACAUUACAACCAAGUUGCAAUUUAUGUCGACAAGCGUCUGGAGGAACUCGGUGCUACCAGAGUGUAUGAAUUGGGACUCGGAGAUGAUGACGCCAACAUUGAAGACGAUUUUAUCACAUGGAAAGACAAAUUCUGGCCAGUCGUUUGCGAGCACUUCGGCAUUGAAUCCACCGGUGAAGACAUCAGUAUUAGGCAAUAUUCGUUGCAAGAAUUCACCGAGGAUGUACCCGAUCGAGUGUAUACUGGUGAAAUGGCCAGGCUCCAUUCACUCAAAAACCAGAGACCUCCAUUCGACGCCAAAAAUCCAUUCAUGUCAAGAAUUAAGGUCAACAAGGAAUUACAUAAACCCACUUCUGACCGUUCCUGCAUGCAUAUUGAAUUUGACAUUGAAGGAUCCAAGAUGCGUUACGAUUCUGGCGAUCACUUGGCUGUCUACCCCAUCAACAACCUCGAGUUGGUCGAGAAAAUCGGCAAGCUUUGCAACAAAGAUUUGGACACAAUCUUUACUUUGAUUAACACCGACGAAGAAUCCAGCAAGAAACAUCCAUUCCCUUGUCCUUGUUCAUACAGGACCGCCCUUACCCAUUACUUGGACAUUACCAUGAAUCCCAGAACUCACGUUCUUAAAGAAUUAUCCGAGUACUGUUCCGACCCUGCUGAAAAGGAAAAACUGAAGCUGAUGGCCGGAACUACUCCUGAAGGCAAAGCUCUCUACCAACAAUGGAUUAUCUCUGACAACCGUAACAUCGUCCACAUUUUGGAGGAUCUUCCUUCCUGUAAACCUGCUCUUGAUCAUCUUUGUGAACUUUUGCCCCGCCUUCAACCACGUUACUAUUCUAUCUCAUCCUCCCCCAAAUUGUACCCCAACACUGUGCAUAUCACUGCUGUAAAAGUCGAAUACAAAACCCCCACAAAUCGCAUAAAUAAGGGAGUCGCAACCACUUGGUUAGCUGAGAAACUGCCCAAGGAGGACGAUUACCCUACUGUACCAAUCUUCAUCAGAAAAUCUCAAUUUAGAUUGCCCACUAAACCACAAACGCCAAUUAUUAUGAUUGGACCUGGAACUGGACUGGCUCCAUUCAGAGGAUUUAUUCAAGAGAGAAACGUUAGCAAAGGAGAAGGUAAACCUGUUGGAGAAACCGUUUUGUAUUUCGGCUGCCGCAAGAAGUCCGAAGAUUUCUUGUACGAGGAUGAACUAGUCGAAUACGAAAAGAGCGGACUGCUUAAGUUGCAUUUGGCAUUCUCCAGAGAUCAGAAGGAAAAGGUAUACGUCUAUCACUUGCUGGAGAAAGAAGCCGAAGAAGUCUGGAGGAUUAUUGGAGAAAAUAACGGUCAUCUGUACAUUUGCGGUGACGCUAAAAACAUGGCCGCAGAUGUCCGUAACGUUAUUUUGAAGAUCCUUCAAGAGAAAGGACAGAUGACUGAACAGAAGGCCCAAGAGUAUCUGAAGAAAAUGGAAACGCAAAAACGUCUAUCAGCGGAUGUGUGGAGUUAAUGGAUUCGUUUUAUAGAGAUUUUAUUUAUUUAGAGUAAAGAAUUAUUUAAGGAUGAGUGCUACCAAUGAGUCGCAGUGCCGGAUUGUAUUUUUUUAAAAUAACUUUUUAAUACAAGACUUUACUUAAGUGGACCAGUGUUGACUUGACAAAUUACAGCUGAUUGAUGGUGCCUAUUUUGUACAUAUUUUUUAGAAUUUAAUCAUUCCUAUUGUUUAUAACUAUUUUUUAUAAUUAAAUGGAUGGGUUACACAUGUUGCUUGUUAUAAAAAAUAUAUAUUACAAAUUUAUAUAUACAAUUCGCGUAAAAAAAGAAGGAUCUAUUUUUACUAUUGUAUUAUAGUCCCAAUAUUGAAAGCACACUUUUUUGUGUCCAUAUUUUUAUGUAAAAUAAAUUAUUGAUUAUAUAAAUUAUCAA